GCUUAAAGAAGAACAGCAGGAAGAUCCGGAGCCCCCCCACAUUAAAGAGGAGCAGCUUCAAGGGCUGGAGAAGGCUGACAUGACUGUGUCAUUCACUCCUGUGAAGAGUGAAGAUGUUAAAGUGGAAGCUCAUUCCUCGCAACCUAAUCACAGAAAAACUGAACAGAUGGAGACAGGAGGUGAUGGAGAGGACUGUGGAGGACCAGAACCAGACCGCAACUCGGGUCCGGCCAGUCCUCCAGAUACUGAUAAGAAAACUGGAGACUCUUCUGAGACUGAGGACAGUGGUGAUUGGAAUGAGACCAGAGAACCUCUGUCUGGUGAAGAGUUUGCCAGUGAUUCUAGAUGUAGAACAAGUAAGAAACCUUUGAUCUGUUCUGAAUGUAAGAAAACAUUUGGUUGCAUUCAGAAGCUGAGGAAACACAUGAUGACCCACACAUCAGAGAAACCUUUCAGCUGCUCACAGUGUGGUAAAUGUUUCACUAAAAGGGGAAGUCUAAAAAUACACGAGAGAUGUCACACAGGGGAGAAACCUUUCCGCUGCUCACAGUGUGGUAAAUGUUUCACCCAAAGGGGAAGUCUAAAAAUACACGAGAGAUUGCACACAGGGGAGAAGCCUUUCAGCUGCUCAGCUUGUGGUAAAUGUUUCUCUGAAAGUCCAUAUCUAAAAAGUCACAUGAGAUUGCACACAGGGGAGAAACCUUUCAGUUGCUCACAGUGUGGUAAAUGUUUCACCCAAAGGGGAAGUCUAAAUGUACACAUGAGAUGUCACACAGGGGAGAAACCUUUCAGCUGCUCAGAUUGUGGCAAAGGUUUUACUACAAAUGGAGAUCUAAAGAAACACAUGCGACGUCACACAGGAGAGAAACCUUUCAGCUGCUCACAGUGUGGUAAAUGUUUCACUAGAAGUAGAGAUGUGAAGAGACACAUGAGAUGUCAUACGCUGUGUAUAUCUAAAAGUCCACAUGAAAACUCAGAUGAGAAUCCCCUUUAACGUCUUUCCCUAAUUUACAUUACCGUUUCCCACGUGAGUUUUGAAUAUCCGUCGCAAAGCUAUAAUGACACAUAUUUGAAGCUACUCUUCAUGUUCACAAUUACAACCAACUAUCUAAGAAUUCCUCACAGGGAUUUAUUGGGACGACACUCUUUUAUUGGGACGACACUCUUGUUUGGUUUUUCCUAUGCUCCCGAGGGUUUUGGGUCACAGGAUGUCACGUGUGAUGUACAAAAUGAAAUUAAUUUAAAUAUCUUCUAAAAGAUGGUCAGAAGUUCAUAUUCCAAGAACAAAAUGUUCUUGUCAGUCACACACAAACUAUAAACUAUGCUAAGCUAUUAAUUCAUUGGAAAGGUGUAAUCUAAGGCAGUGAUUCUAAACCAUCGGUCCACGAGCGCCAUCUAGAGGGUUUUUACCCGUGGGCAGUUGAAAUAUUUCUACUCUGGGCAAAGAAUUAUUAUAACCCUCUUUACAGAGACAAGUAACAGAGAUAAGCCACGCCCCUUCCAGGCGCACAUAAAGUGGGACAUGAAUGAAACAAAAUAACUAGUUGGGUGAGUAAACAGUGGCGAAAAUCCCCUUGGCAUUUUACGUGUGAACCCAGCAUUGCAAAUCUAAAUCUUACUUAAAAGCCAGCUGUCUUUUUCUGUGUAUCAGGUUUUUGCUUUUUUUAUUUUAUUUAGUCAUUGAAUACAAAUCCAACCUAUGAUUAUCAAUUAGUUAAUGUAUAUAUAUAUAUAUAUAUAUAUAUAUAUAUAUAUAAUAGUGUUAAUAUUUGAACGGGCGCCUGGGCAUAUUUGUACAUUUGGGCCCUGAGUUCAAAAAGGUUAAGAACCCCUUAUCUAAGGCAUGUUUCCCACUGUUAACAUUGUAACAUUACCCAAACUUGUUUGACUGAUUUUUAUGUUCCAUUUGUGUUACUGCAAGCUGUCAUAUUAUCAAUGUAUUAAUGCAUAAAUUUCCGUGAACCAAAUUCUCUUUUGCAUUUUUAAUGUGCAGAAAAAUACCAGAAGGCCUUUUACUGUUUUUCAUGCAUUGAGUUCUUACUCUUGUUUAUAUUGUUUUAACGUUUUUUUAGGAAACUUUUUUUAGGCUUUAGUUUUCCUAUUCAAUCCUCAUAUUGAGUUGCGUACAUAUUUAUAUAUCGAACUAAUACAUCUUUGUGUGUUGAGAAACAAAAAGUAGAAAACAUUGCUGAGCAAGCACAGGUGCAA